AUGCACGGCUACCACCAGGCGCGCAAGGUGGAGGACACGCCCUUCCCCUUCCCCUACGCGCAGAUGGUGACGGUGAUGCUCGCGCUGAUGGUGUUCGUCGAACCUUCGAGGAGCUUUCUAGGCCACGACCACCACGACGGCGACCCGGAGAGCUCCGACAUCGACAGGCACUUUCAGCAGAUCGCCCACGGGCCAUGGAUUGAGUUCUGGUGGCGGCUGCUCUCGCCCGCCCUCGGCCCGGCCCUCUGCUUCGUCACGAUCCUCUGCUACUACGGCCUCAACGAGGUCGCCCGCGACUUGGAGGAGCCCUUCCUCUACCCACCGAACGACCUCCCCUGCUCGACCUUCCAAGACGACCUCAACUUGCGCCUGCUCGCGAGCGCGCAGGCCGCGUGCGACGGCGAGGCGCCUUUUUCUGGCUUUGACGAGAGGACGAGCCGCGCCGAGGAGGAGGCGGAGGCGCAGGCCGCAGGCGCACUCCUCGAGUGGGUGCGAGCUGCCGCGGAGCCGCCGAGCGCGGGGCCGUCGCCGUGCGAGCACAAGCCGACGCCUCUCGACGCGAGCCAGUCCUUGCCGCAGGACGACGCCUCGGCGCGAUCGGACCACCCGAUUGCAGCCGCGCUGCGCAGGUACACCGACUACCGCAGCGCGGGGUGGGAGGCGCGGCGGUCGAACCGCAAUUCGAUUCUGCACUGA